AUGGUCUUCAUUAUGAUUCUCCUUCCUCAACAGAAAAUGAAAACGCUGGCGGAGAGGAGGAGGAGCGCCCCAUCUCUUAUCCUGGAUAAAGCGCUGCAGAAACGGCCCAGUACCAAGGAAAGUCCUUCUGCUAGCAUGGACACAGGUGCAUUUCUGUCGUCACCUGUGUGCUCCAACAGGACUCUGCUAAUUGAUGGCCGAGUAGAACUCAAACGAGGCCUGCAAAGGCAGGAGCGACAUCUCUUCCUGUUCAGUGAUCUGUUUGUUGUGGCCAAAAGCAAAUAUAACAACUUUAAGAUAAAAAAUAAAAUAAAAUUAAGUGACAUGUGGACAGCAAGCUGUGUGGAUGAAGUGGGAGAAGGCAAUACCGAUGCCACGAAAUCAUUCGUUGUGGGCUGGCCCACGGUGAACUUUGUGGCCACUUUCAGUUCCCCAGAACUGAAGGACAAAUGGCUCUCUCUCCUUCAGAGAUACAUCACUCUAGAGAAAGAGAAGGACUAUCCGAAGAGCAUUCCCCUCAAAAUCUUCGCCAAGGACAUUGGGAAUUGUGCCUAUUCUAAAACUAUAACAAUAACGAAUUCAGAUACGGCGAAUGAAGUUAUCAACAUGUCUCUCCCAAUGCUAGGGAUAACUGGCUCUGAGAGAGAUUACCAGUUAUGGGUCAAUUCUGGCAAAGAAGAGGCACCAUAUCCACUUAUUGGGCACGAAUAUCCCUACGGGAUUAAAAUGAGCCACCUGCGGGACACUGCCCUGCUGACGCCGGAGCCCAAGGACUGCGGCAGCCCGCCCAGCCUGCAGGAGCCCUUCCUCCUGGAGCAGCUGCCCCGGGAGAUGCAGUGCCAGUUCACCCUGAAGCCCAGCCGCCUGGCCGCGGCCCUGCAGCUGAGCGAUUCGGGUCAGAAGACAUUUAAAAGGAGAAGAUCUAUCAUCAAUUGGGCCUUUUGGCGGGGUUCUGGCACUCACCUCGACAACCUCCCGAUGUCCCCAACCUCUCCUAUGCCAGGACAGCUCUUUGGAGUGUCUCUGCCAAAUAUCUGUGAGAACGACAACCUGCCCAAGCCUGUCUUGGAUAUGCUUUUUUUCCUUUACCAAAAAGGACCCCUCACAAAAGGCAUCUUCAGACAGUCAGCCAAUGUGAAAUCGUGCCGAGAGCUGAAAGAGAAACUGAACGCUGGAGCUGAAGUGCACCUAGACUGUGAAUCUAUUUUCGUGAUAGCAUCUGUGCUGAAGGAUUUUCUACGAAAUAUUCCCAGAAGUAUUUUCUCAUCAGAUCUCUAUGAUCACUGGGUCUGUGUAAUGGAUCAAGGAAAUGAUGAAGAGAAAAUAAAUAUAAUUCAGAGGCUGUUAGAUCAGCUCCCAAGAGCCAAUGUUGUUCUUCUAAGGUACCUUUUUGGGGUGUUACACAACAUUGAGCAACACUCCUCAUCUAACCAGAUGACCGCGUUUAAUUUAGCCGUGUGUAUUGCUCCAAGCAUUCUUUGGCCUUCUACUUCCUCCAGCCCAGAACUAGAAAACGAAUUGACAAAAAAGGUCACUCUGCUUAUUCAGUUUCUGAUUGAAAAUUGCUGUAGAAUAUUUGGAGAAGAAAUCACUUCCCUCUUUGGAGAGGUUUCAGUGAGGUGUGAUACUAGAGAGAAUACCUCAGAUAUCUCUUGCUUACAAAUGACUGACUCCUCCUAUGACAGCCUAGAGAAUGAGCUGAAUGAAGAUGCUGAUGCCCCGUGUAGUGACCUGGUGAAGAGCCUUGGCCAGGGGAGCAGGAGCAUGGACUCUGUCUUAACCCUUAGUGACUACGACCUCGACCAGCCGGAGGUGGAAGGCCUUUUGACCCUGAGUGACUUUGACUUAGACCGUUCUAAACAUGAAGACAUUCAAAUGGAACAGCCUCUUGAAUCCAAGCAGGUGACCGUCACGGUACUGUACAGAGAGGCCACCCUGCAGGACCACGCCGGGGCCCCGUCUGGCACGACCGCACCCAGCUAUCUGCCCACAGCUGCCACGGAGGCUCCAAAGAGCCCCCGGCGGCACCGGCGCUGCUCGGAGCCCAGCAUCGACUAUCGGGAUUCCAAGCUUUCUUCUUUCAGGGAGUUUUACCAGAAGAAGCUACGCAAGUCCAGCUGCGAUGCGAUCCUGUCACAGAAGGACAAGGACCAUCUGAAGCGGAACGAACCCUCCCAGGAGGAGGGUAAGGCGUGCUUUCAACAGAGUUUAGUGACAGCCACCGAUACCAAGAAAAAUGCCACGAAUAAAAAUGCUAAGAAGAAAAGCUUCUUUGGCCAUGAAGGAAAUCACAUGAGGCUUCCCCCGCAGUCCAAGCCGGUGGCCAUCUCUGUGGCGUCUUGCAGUCACAUGUCCCCUCAUGAUCACGCCAGGAGCCAGCCCUUGGACGCAGACACACCCGGCCACACCCCCGCGCACACAGCAGACGCCCUCAAGAGCUGCAGGCGGCACCGGCGCUGCUCGGAGCCCAGCAUCGAUGACCAGCACUCCAAACUCACCUAUCUCAGGGGCAUUUUUUCAAGGAAACACAGUAAAGCCAGCUCGGAAGCCGGCCACUUGCACGGAGAGGAGGCUUAUCUCAAGCAGCACAAGUCUUUGCAAAUGGAGGGGCAAAAGCUCAUUAACCAGAGUUUGGUGAUGGGGAUCGAGGUGGGCAAGAGCAGUGCCACAAACCAGAACCCUGAGAAAUUCUUACCCUCAAGAUUAAGCAUUUGCCCCAGGACUAGCUACUCCAGCUUGUCCUCCCCAGGCACUUCCCCGUCUGGCUCCUCGGUGAGCUCCCAAGACAGCGCUUUUUCUCAGAUCUCAGAACAUUCUGUGUUUACACCCACUGAAGCUUCCUCUCCAAUAGAUUGCACUUUUCAGGCUCCAAGCAAGCAGGAGGAGCUUUCUUCUGACUUCUGCGGGUCCAGUCUCGUUUCUGGGGUGCCCGGUACCUCCUCUGGGCAGGCCGGCAGCCGCCCGGCUUAUACAAAAAAGGGUACGGUGGAGCGGCACUCGCAGGUGCAUUCUGUAACUCUCCAUCCCAGCAUGUGGUUGAGAAACGGCAUGGCCAGUCUGAAAAACUGGUCCCUCAAAAACAAAGCAAGGGCCAACAGGUCAGAGGGAAGGAAAACGGCCUCUCUCCAGGGACCCACCGAGCCGCCUCCACACGCCUCUGGGCUUCCAGAAGCCACCUCCCUGCAAGACACACAGAAAGACAUGCCCCUGAGGGCAACAGAAGGACUUGGCGUUGUGCAGACGGCCCAGCGGUAUAGCUCAUGCCCCAGCGACGUCUCAGAGAAACACGGUAGCGCUCCCUUCGGCCUAGUGGAAGACACAUUCGAGCUGUGCAUGAAGCUACAUGGGGAAGGAGAGGGCAGUGGGCGGUGCUCCCCUGGCACCCUGCCGUGUUCGAGGUCCUCACCCAGCUCUUUGGUUGCGGAUGAUGUAUUCAGCCCAGACUCGGGGCCUGUGGUAGCUUGUGACGUUGGGGACAAACAUUCAACCAAAGACAUUUUCCCACAGUAAGAAUCUGAUGUCUACAAGAACAGAAACUGGGCUAAUAAUGACAUCAAGACAAUAAUUAUUAUGACCCCUUUGUAUAAAGUACCUGGAAUAGGUAGCAUAAAGAUAAUUAUUGCUAAUACUUGAGACAAUAAAAUAAUUCAUUUUAUUGAGA